AUGUUCUGCUUUGGCGUAGAUAUGAAUUCGAUGUCGGAAAAUCAAAACGACGAGCCUUCAUACGCGGAGGCUGCUUAUUACGAGACAAUUGAAGGUUCUAUGAAUGACCACGACGGAGAGUAUCAAACUGGUGAUGGUGUCCAGCAGUCACCUCUGCGCGAACAAGUUUGUUUUCCAUAUUUUUAUUCGGUCUUCGUUGCAAAAGAUGCCAAAGAGUGUGUUCAAGAAUGCGUCUCAGAAUUUAUAAGCUUCAUCACCAGCGAAGCUGCUGAACGCUGCCAAAACGAAAAGCGAAAGACUAUAAACGGCGAAGACAUACUCUGUGCUAUGGGUUCACUUGGUUUCGAGAAUUAUGUUGAGCCACUCAAGACGUUUCUAGUUAAACUUCGUGACGUAAGUAACGAGAUUGAUCAAAAGCGUCUAUUCAUGUUUUGUAUUGCCAGCAAGAUCGACUCCAGUAUGCUGAAUGAUCCAGCCCUUGCUACAGCCAUGUGUGGACCGCACGCCAGUGCCGUCAUAGUCACUCCUGGCAUGCUUAAUGCAUCAAAUGCGCUUACGCGAACAGCCCAGCUGACGGUGUCCGGUGCAACUAACCUCGGCACUAUCGAGGUGGGUGAAGUGAAGCCUCUGACAGAUGAGGAACUGAAACCUGUCCCUACCACUCUUACAAUGAGCACCUCCUCUGCAGUUGGCGCCGCCGCAGGCACACCAACCACAAUCCUCCUUCCGUACUCUGGCCAG